AUGUUGUACUUGGACACCGUCCAGGCGAGACAUGAGGAGAAUCCCGAGGUUACACUCGAGAUGGUCACCGAGAUCAUUGGUGACAGAGAUCCUGUGGAUGAUGACGACUGGGACCAGACUGCAGAGGAUCGGAUGAUAGCCCGCUGGGAGACAUCAUCGCGAAAGACGUCCUUAGAUAAAGUUGGUACGAGAAAGAACAACGAUGACCCUCUUCGCGAGGUAUGGCGAUUCUGUCUUCGCUUUAUGAAGCAGGCGCCCCCAAUCAUGCUCUCCCCGAUCAACAGUCUGCAGUUCAUGCCUGCGCGGAAGAAAGACUUCGCCCUGUCAAGCCACCUUUUCACAUUGACUGCUUGUGCAACACUGGCAAAGCUGUUCGUUCACCCACUAUGGCGUGGAGAUUACCGCACCUUCGUUGACGCCUUGAAGUUCACUGUCUUGUGCCGUGUCAGUGCCAGGGCCAACGUCAGUUUGUCCCUCCGGUGGCCCCAUGACUGCCCAGUCAUCCGGGAGCUGACAGCCAGGCUUUCGAGAGCCGACACCGGUCCGACCUUGCCUGACACAUUGCACAACAUUCACCAGGCAGCAAGGGACACUGUCUCUGGCAGUGGUGACAGGGGAAGCGUAUUCUCGGAGGUACUCUUUCGCAUCGGGCAGACUGUCGUUGCUGAGUCGCCUUCGCAGGCCGAAAAGGCUCAAUUGCAGGAAGGAAUCAUUCCUUUCCAGGGCAAAGACCUGGAAGUCAUCAAGAAAGCAAUUGAUGAUUUGGCUUUGACCGAUGACCGGGUGCAGUUUCCCGUGGAAGACGUCUAUGCAGCCUUCAAAUUCGUCGGUCAUCGCCUCGAACUCCCUUCCAAGCUGCAGCUUCAGUCCUUUGACGCUCGCGCGUGCAAGCAGGUUUUCGAAUAUCUGAGGGGCCCGAGAGAUUCGGCCCUAAUACCAGAAGAGACUGAAGAAGCCAAUCAACCCGGACCAAGCAGGCAAGGGCGUGAUCGAUCUCGUAGCCCAGGGGCUCAGCACAUCGACCGGUUUCCCAUUCGCUCUCGCUCUCACUCCCUCCGCCCAUCCGAUCUGAACGACUUUGAUCGAGACACCCAUCGUGUCCAGCAGCGUCGAAGUUCUUCUCCCGGUGAUAGGGGUAGUUCUUCCGACGACGGCAACGUCAAUGCGCCACUGGCAGAUGAGACACAAGAGGACAAUGCCUACAUCCCGGAGGACGGUGGCUACAUUCCCGCGGCUAGUGAGUUUACCAGUCAGGCUGAGGUCCCUUCGCCCAGAGCCACAACAAACCUUCGGCCUCCACUGAGUCAAGCUCUGCACGCGGAUGAGAUUGGGCAAAUCCGCCAUGAGGUAGAUAGACUCAGCACACAAAUCCGCACCAGCGAGACUGAAAGAGAUCGACUGAUUGCAAAAGUCAAGACUGACCAAGCUAAAACUCAUAAGGUCUUCAAGGAACGGCUUGUAGAAGCCAUUCGUGAGAUAAAUAAGGAUUGGGAGGAAAGACUCGACAGCGCAGCGUCUGAGCAUGCCGAAGCAAUUGCGAAUUUGAAGUCUGAGCACGCCGCGGCCAUCACGUCUUUGCAGACUGAGCUUCGUAAAGGCCUGCAGGCUGUAGUGUCUCGGUGCGAUGAGCAGGCAAGUCUCAUCAAGACCCUCCAGGAAGAGAACGAGAGACUCAGACAGUCGUCUCAGGCGUCCCGGUUCGCGCGAGCACUCGUUGGUGGCUCUGGCAACCAGCCAACACCACAUUGA